GAUAGGCAUAAGGUUUACCUUGUAGAGUUUUACGACAACUGGCCACAAGCACGAGUAGUUGAUACAAUGGAUUCGCUCACUCAGAAAUUCUCUGACCUUACUGUGAAAAAGAGCACUGCCCACAAUUUUCUGAAAGCUGAGUGCAACCUUUUUUUUUUAAAAAAACUGACAACUCAACCAGCUGCUAGAAAUAGUCCAAACAAAAUUCAAGCUCGCAAGGAUUGGGUUAUCAAGUGGAGUGCAACAGAUAUGAACUAUCUGGAAAAUUGUAUUUUUGUUAAUGAAUCCGGCUUUAACAUCAACAUGAAG